CCUGGAUAGCACGUGGAGGAGUUGCGAACGCCGGGAGGCAGCGGUCUGGGAACCCGUGCCGCCCCGGCCGGUCGCCCACACUGAGCCUCUGUGGCGCCCCGCCCCCUCACCUAUGCCGUGUGGGGCGGGGGCUGCGGGCGGGGGUUUGCGGCGCCGGAUGAGCCUCCUGGUCUCGCCGAGGAUGUGCAGGGGGUGGAGGGGUCGGGCCGGGGACUGAAACUUGGCUGAGCAGAGCACCAGCCCCUUUGUCUCCUCCGCCCCCUCUUCCCCACUUCCUGCCCAGCUCGGGAUCGGCGGCGCGGCGCGGACUUUGUAAACACUUCGCCCCUGCAGGGGUGGAGACUGGCUCUGUUCGGACGCCGGGGAGAGAGGUGCAGUCCCCUCCUCGUGGCUGGUGGUUGCGACCACCCCAACUCCCCAAAGGCAGGCACCAGAGGCGGCGGGAGAGAGCGCCGGCGACCCCAGUUGGUGCUCCGGGGAGCUCACCUGCCGAGGAGGUAUGUGAGGAGCAGCGUUGUGAGGAGGAAGUCUUCCCCCUGGCCAUGAACUACCUGGAUCGCUACCUGUCCUGUGUCCCCACCCGAAAGGCGCAGUUGCAGCUCCUGGGUGCGGUCUGCAUGCUGCUGGCCUCCAAGCUGCGCGAGACCACGCCCCUGACCAUCGAAAAACUGUGCAUCUAUACCGACCACGCUGUCUCUCCCCGCCAGUUGCGGGACUGGGAGGUGCUGGUCCUAGGGAAGCUCAAGUGGGACCUGGCUGCUGUGAUUGCACAUGAUUUCCUGGCCCUCAUUCUGCACCGGCUUUCUCUGCCCCGUGACCGACAGGCCUUGGUCAAAAAGCACGCCCAGACUUUUUUGGCCCUCUGUGCUACAGAUUAUACCUUUGCCAUGUACCCGCCAUCCAUGAUCGCCACGGGCAGCAUUGGGGCUGCAGUGCAAGGCCUGGGUGCCUGUUCCAUGUCCGGGGAUGAGCUCACAGAGCUGCUGGCAGGGAUCACUGGCACUGAAGUGGACUGCCUGCGGGCCUGUCAGGAGCAGAUCGAAGCUGCACUCAGGGAGAGCCUCAGGGAAGCCGCCCAGACCAGCUCCAGCCCAGCGCCCAAAGCCCCCCGGGGCUCCAGCAGCCAAGGGCCCAGCCAGACCAGCACUCCUACAGAUGUCACAGCCAUACACCUGUAGCCCUGGAGAGGCCCUCUGGAGUGGCCACUAAGCAGAGGAGGGGCCGCUGCCACCCACCUCCCUGCCUCCAGGAACAAACCACACCACAUCUGAAGCCUGAAGGGGCAUCUGUUCCCCCUUCACAAAGCCCAAGGGGUCUGGUCCUACCCAUCCCCGCAGUGUGCACUAAGGGGCCUGGCCAGCCACGUCUGCAUUUCGGUGGGUAGUCAAGCUCCUCCUCCCUGCAUCUGACCAGCAACGCCUUUCCCAACUCUAGCUGGGGGUGGGCCAGGCUGAUGGGACAGAAUUGGAUACAUAACGCCAGCAUUCCUUUUGAGCGCCCCCCACCCCUGGGGGCUGUUUUCAACUGCCAAAAUGCUCUAGUGCCUUCUAAAGGUGUUGCCCCUUCUAGGGUUAUUGCAUUUGGAUUGGGGUCCCUCUGAAAUUUCAUGCAUGAUAGACACGUAUGAGGGGGAAUAGUCUAGAUGACUCCUCAGUACUUUGGAGGCCCCUAUAUAAUCCGUGCUGACAGCUGCUCCUAGAGGGAGGGGCCUAGGCCUCAGCCAGAGAAGCUAUAAAUUCCUCUUUGCUUUGUUUUCUGCUCAGCUUGUGUGAUUGACAGCUUUGCUGCUGAAGGCUCAUUUUAAUUUAUUAAUUGCUUUGAGCACAACUGUAAGGACAUAACGGGGUCCUGGCCAUCCCACAAGUGGUGGUAACCCUGGUGGUUGCUGUUUUUCUCCCUUCUGCUACUGGCAAAAGGAUCAUUGUGGCCGAGGAGCUGCUACAGCCUGGGGUGGGGUCAUGCCCUCCUCUCCUGUUGUCCCUCUGCCCCAUCCUCCAGCAGAGAAAAUGCAACAGGGAUGCCCUGGAGGUGGCUGAGCCCCUGUCUAGAGAGGGAGGAAGCCCUGUUGACACAGGUCUUUCCUAAGGCCACAAGGUUUAGGCUGGUGGCCCAGGACCAUCAUCCUACUGUAAUAAAGAUUGUGAAAUAAAACUGGCUUUGGCUUCUUGGA